UUGAUGUUUGUCAGUUUCCUGCCUGCAUGCAAGCCUCUGUGGUCAUAGAAAGUCUGCAAACGGAAUUACCAACGGCAGAUAUCUGCUAAUGCUAUGUUUGAACACAUCAGGCUCACGUCAGACUCACAAGCUUGUGAGGAAAUUCCUCGUUUGCCAUUUGUUUGAGAUGCUUAUCAACUUGAAAUUCCACUGAAGAGCUUUGUUUGAGCGCGGCUUGGUGAUUUUUAUCUGUUUAUUUCAUUUGUAAGCAUCCGCUGUCACACUUUUUCUGUUGGACUGUAGUUUCAUGUAAAGCUUUACUGACAGAGCCAGCAGUAACUGUCACUGAUAAGGACUUAUUUGUUUGGGGAGCUCACCUGGGUGAUUUUAAUUCUGUGCGUGUUUGUUUGGAUGGAAGCUUGCGUAAUGCUGCGUCUUGCCUUUAUGUUCAGAGCAUCACUCCCUGUGUUACGUCAGCUCAUAAACUCAGGUAGAAGGCAUGUUCAGACAUCACCUCGGUAUCGGUAUGUGUCAUUUCACCUGCUCUCUGCCCCAGCUUGUCUGUUUUAACACAGUAAUUCACGUACGUAUUAACUUGGACGUACACAUGUCGUAUAGAGCAAUCAAGAGGUGAUUUUGCACCCUCAUAAUGCAUUAUGUUGUGUUUUGUGAAUGACAGAAGAGAGAAUAAACAUUAAUAAUAUUUCCAUUAGAUAAAUAUUUAGGCUAUUCAUGUUACUGUAUAGAGAUUAUGCUUGUUCGUUUGAUUUAGACUCGGCUUAAAGGGGUCCUAUUAUGCUUCUUCACGUUUUGAAUGUUAGUGAGUGUGUAGUGUGUAUGUUUGGGCAUAUAAAGUCCACUCCAAAGGGAGAUAUUUCGUUUUUUAAAAAUCCCUUUUCAAGAACUACAACGAACGGCUCGUUUGGACUACAAAGUUGUUUUCCUGUAUGUUCUAUAUCAAAAAGUGGUGCAUUAGAAUGUCAUUAAAAUAAAUCCUGCCUACUGAAAUUCUAAUGGUUGGCUGGUGGGGAGAACGCUUGGUUGAGCACUGCACGUUUCAAAAUCGAAACCCGGUGCGGGUGUUUUUAUAUCACUGUAUUUCUGAAGGAAACCGACUUUCUUUAGAAAAUUUUAGAUGUCAUUUUCAUUUCAUCUUGUAUGUAAUGUCUGAUAAAGCAGCGUUUGUGAGCGGAGCGCUGCUUUGUGUACAGCGUUACCGGGGAAACCUCGCUCUCUCCCUCUCCAACAGCGCCUCCUGCUGGCAGAGAAUUAAUUUGCAUAUAUAUGCCGCCACAAAUAGUGUAAGUCUGUGGGACUAUGGUAUAAAUAAAUUCAACUGUAUAACAGUUUCACUGCAAUUCAUGUUAUAAUGUUAGAAUUAAAGAACAAUAUACAUAUUACCGUUGCACUUAUCUGUACAUAGUAAAUGCAGUUAUUUUUAAGCUGUUGUUGACAUCCUAUCUAAAACGUGAUUUAGCCAAAAUAAAACAACAACAAUAACGUUACCACUUUAAUAUGUCUUGCAAUAUCCUUGCGUGCAAAGGUUCUGCGCGAUCCUCUUGUUCAAUAUUCUCGGGGUCUGAAUUGAUGGCAAUAUUGACGAACUUGCUGUUUUGGCAAGGGGGGGGGGCAGUACUGAAACGGCGUCUAAGCUGUUCGCCAAUCACAACGCACUGGGACAGCUAACCAAUCACAACACAUUUCGUUUUUCGGAAGGCGGGCCUUCAUCAAACCCGGAACUAAUCGAGCUGUUUAUGCCAGGCUGGGGAGAAAGGCAGUCCCUGUGAAGCUGUCUCUGGAUGCUCUGCUGCAAAUGUCCAGUGGGCAGGUGGAAGACACCAUGAAAAGACUGGGCUCAAGCAGUGAAGAGUGUUCCCGCAUCACCGCUGCCCUCUCCUGUCUCAAGAGCGCUACUGACAAAGGUGGAGCACUUAAGAAAGAGGGCAUCCCGUGGAUAGCAGAGCCCGCUCACCGUGACAGUACCUCUGUUGACCCGCUGUCUUGUUCUAUGCGUGCACAUCAGUCUUACAGUCCCAGCCCAACCAGCUGGCCCCCUCCUUCUGCCCCUCGUUCCUGUGUCUCGGUUUCUGCUCUACCCUCAAUGGACUUCCCUACAAUCAUCCACCCUCACUGUGAUGGACUGACGGACCCUUUUUCAUCCUCCCCGCAGCUGAACCGCUGCACCCCUGGGUUGUUAUCCCACCUUCCAGCUACACCGCCACCGAAAAAGUAUGGCAAACUAAAGCCCCCACGAACUCCACCACCUCCAUCCCGUAAGCUGCUAAACCUCCUGCCCAACAUCACCCUCACACGCAGCAAGAGCCAGAGCCAACUGGCCAACCGGAUCGAUGACCCAACACCCAACAAGAGUGGGAAGAAAAACAAGCCGCUUCUGAACGUGCAGGUAAACGGUGGAGGAAACGGCUGGGAAGACUCGCCCUCACGGUCACCGCAGUUGUCUGCCCGUUCCCCCUGCAUCCUACCAAACACCCCCAGUCACCUGGGAGAUCCCGCGGGUGUAAGAAAUCAUGUUGCAUCCCACGGAAGCUCUCCGGUAAUCAUGAGGAAGGAUAUUGGUCUGGAUGUCACACACAGGUUUUCCACCAAGUCCUGGUUGUCUCAGACGUGUCAGGUGUGCAAGAAGAACAUGAUGUUUGGUGUUAAAUGCAAACAUUGCAAGGUGAAGUGCCACAAUAAAUGUACCAAAGAGGCCCCUAAGUGCAGGAUUUCAUUUGCACAAUUUCCAAACAAGAUCAGAAGAACAGAGUCAGUACCAUCAGGGAUCAAUAACCAGGUGGAGCGACCGACAGAGUCUCAGCAGUACGGAACAUUACCGAAGGCAAUAAACAAAAAGGACCACCCUCCAUCACUCAGUCACCUGGAUUCCAGUAGUAACCCCUCCUCCACCACCUCCUCCACCCCCUCCUCACCUGCCCCCUACGGUCAGAGCAACCCCCCAAGCGCCACCCCACCACCCAACCCCUCCCCUAAGGGUCACGUUGACAGUCGUUUUCACUUCCCAGUAGCUGCCUGCUACUUUCAGCAUAGACAACAGUUUGUCUUCCCUGACGUAUCCAGUUCCACGCAUUCAGAUGGAGGUUGCAACACCGGAGAAACAGAUCAGUUGGAUGGUAAUGUCAACCAGUUGUCAACAGGCCAAAGGGAAGCUGUGGAUGAGGAGCAGCAAGGGGACGACGGUCAGGAUCAGGAAGGUUCGGACGAUGAAAGUGAAGACGAUGAAGUGGAUGACCUGCCCAACUGCAGGGGCUACUGGAAGGACCACAUAAGCCGUAAGGCCAGCCAGACCAGCGUUUACCUGCAGGAGUGGGAUGUGCCUUUCGAGCAGCUGGAGCUCGGAGAGCUGAUCGGUAAAGGCCGCUGGGGGAAGGUGUGCAGGGGCCGCUGGCAUGGAGAGGUGGCCGUUCGCUUGUUAGAGAUUGAUGGUAACAACCAGGAGCACCUGAAGCUGUUCAAGAAGGAGGUGAUGAACUACCGGCAAACGCGACACGAGAACGUCGUGCUGUUUAUGGGGGCCUGCAUGAACCCACCUCAUCUGGCCAUUAUCACCAGCUUUUGUAAAGGACGGACGCUCUACUCGGUUGUAAGGGACUCUAAACUUGACAUCAACAAGAUAAGACAAAUCGCUCAGGAAAUUGUAAAGGGAAUGGGUUACCUCCAUGCAAAGGGAAUUGUGCACAAAGAUUUAAAGUCUAAGAAUGUUUUUUACGAUUCAAACAAAGUGGUCAUCACCGAUUUCGGUCUUUUUGGGAUGUCUGGAGUGGUCCAGGAGGACAGGCGGGAAAAUGAACUGAAGCUUCCACGAGGGUGGAUCUAUUAUCUGGCUCCAGAGAUUGUGCAAAAGAUGGGACCGGGAAACCAAGACUGUUUGCCCUUUUCAAAAGCUGCUGAUGUUUACGCAUUUGGCACUAUCUGGUAUGAACUCCAGGCCAAAGGAUGGCCCAUCGUUAACCAACCGACUGAAGUUUUGAUCUAUCAGCUGGGAAGCGGAGAAGGCAUCAGAACCUUACUGACCCAGAAGGGUACAAGCUUGGGCAAGGAGGUUACGGAGAUCCUGUCAGCCUGCUGGUCCUUUAAGGUUGAGGACAGACCCACAUUCACUCAGCUGUCAGACUUACUAGAGAAGCUGCCGAAGCUCAAUCGCAGACUCUCACACCCCGGGCACUUCUGGAAGUCUGAGGAGUAUGUAUCCUAGUCUGGAACGCUAGCGUGCUGUGGAUCCCCCUUUUUGUGGGGGGUGUAGUUUAGGGAGCAUGAAAACUAACUGAUCGUUUGGAGCCGACCUGUGCAUUGUUUUUUUUUUUGUCUCUAUUCUGAGCCUACUUAAUUUAACAACAUUGGAUUUUUAGUGUAACAAGAGUCAGAAGGAUGCUGUGCAUGGAAUCAACCAUUAUAUAUCUGAUCAAACCUGAUAUCAUAUGGUGCGGAAAAUAACAAUAAGUGACAGUAAUGAAAAGGAGUGUAUGUUUGUGAGUGUUUUUCUGCUACCAAAGUUUUUGCCUGUUAUAUGAAUGAUCGGUCUUGUUUGCACAUGUGUGAAUAUUUGUGUGAUUUAUCAUUUACUAUAUAGAAGCAGAUAAUAGGAGUAGUUCAGAGGGAAGGUGCUUAUUGAUUUAACCUGUUACACUUUGAAUAUGUUUAUAUUCCCAAAUAUCUGGCCUGUGGUCAGUAAUUCAACUUUUACAUUUAAAAACGAUGGUUAGACUGUGGUUAAAAGAGUGUAAUCUGAAUUUAUAAUAAUUAAAAUAAUAUUAUUGACAAUAAUUAUAUAUGAUUAUAUAAUGUAAUGCAUUAUAUAAUAUAAAAUGAUUUAUUAUUAUUAUUAUUAUUAUUAUUAUUUAUCAGUAUAAGCAGUUGAAAUCCCUGAAAACCUUUUCAAAUUUUUUUUUUAAAUAUUUGUGUAUGUUGUCUCUGCUAUUUUUCUUGUGGGUUUCUCUCCGCACUGGGAAUGGGCCAAACUUGUGAUCCCCUCUCUGUCAUCCGCUGUUCCUGUCUCCAUCUUGACGUCUCAACCUUUCUUCUUACCACCAACCUCUUCCAAAUCUUCAUAUUUCACGUCACUUUAUUUUCUCCUCUGUAUUUUUCUUCCUUCUGUUCUCUGAUUGGCUGAAUGUUCAGUGCAUGGCAUCACCACUGUCUGCGUGAGCACUGCAGUCCGGGCCUCCGCUCUCGCUGUCCUUACGUCUACAAAUACGACGAUUUGUCCACAGCUGCUGUUAACAUUAGCAUGGCUGCUGCAUUCAAAGAAAACAACUGAGUAAUUGAGUGUCUUACAAAUUUUUAGAAUGUUCACCUUUGUGAUGCUUUUUCUUAUAGUGGUCCCAUCUUUUAAACUUUCGCCUGUUCUAACACUGAGCAAAGCCAUUUCAGCUAAACUUUGUAAAUGGAGAAUAUGCUGAUAGGAUUUCAGCAGAUUUAUUGAGCUAGCAGACGUUUUGCCGUUUCAAAUUCCUCAUGUGCCAUCAGAUGAAUGGAAUGUGUUUUCCAUUGCUCUUUUGAUAGGACAGACCUUAAAGAGAUAGAAUUUUCAUUUUUGGGUGAACUGUCAUCAUUUACUCACCCUCAAGUAGUUCCAAACCUGUAUGAAUUUCUUUGUUCUGCCAAACACAAAAGAAGAUAUUUUGAAGAAAGUUUGUAACCAGGCUGUUUUGAGGCACCAUUGACUUCCAUAGUAGGAGAAAAGAAUACUAUGGAAGUCAAUGGUGACCCAGAACUGCUCUGUUUCCCACAUUCUUCAGAAUAUCUUCCUUUGUGUUCAGCAGAACAAAGACAUUCAUACAGGUUUGGAACUACUUGAGGGUGAGUAAAUGAUGACAGAAUUUUCAUUUUUGGGUGAACUAUCUCUUUAAGCUUUUACAGUCCGCAAACUUUCUCCUGUGCUCUUAAAAAAGUGACUUUUAUAUUCCAUGUAUUUGCUCAAAAUUAAGAUUUAAAUGAAUAAUCAUUUACUGGAUGCUAAUCUGACCUACUGAGCCCUUCCAGGAUGGAUAAGUAAUAAGGAUCCUGAUGAGGUAUUUGUAAUAUCAUAAAGAAUGAAAAAUAUUUUGACCCAGCAGGAUGAUGUUCAGGAACUUUUUAAUAUCUAAUACCUCUCGUUUUAAUUUGUGCGUGAGUGUGUGUGUGUGUGUGUGUGUGUGUGUGAGAGAGAGAGAGUGUGCAUGCAGAGUUUUGAGUGAUUUAUUUGUGGUGUUAUGAACAAUGAGAGGAUGUUAAAGAUGGCAGUGACUGUUCCCAUGACAAACUUAAAGGAAUUUGAAUAGAGGAACUAUUGUUUUAUUUAUUGUACAGCUAAGAUUUCUUAUAUUAUUUGUACAAAAUUUUAUAUGUUUCCAUCGAAAAAUUUUGAAAAGGUACUUUACUCCUGUUGUACAGCUCUUUAUAUACAAAGUGUGUCGAACACAAAUUGUACAUUUCUAGAAUGAGAUUGUGGUUUUAAUGUUAUGUAAUUAUGAAUUUAAUAUUUUUGUAAAGCUUAUAGCCACUUGUCUGUAAACACAAUGUAAUUUUAUCCUGGCAGAAAUAAAUAAAUAAAACGUU